UUGCCUAUAAAUUUGCUACUCUCUUCCAUUACCAAUAACUCAUACCCAGAACGAAAAAAAAACACAACACAACAACCAGAGCACACAACAAGCAGUCCAAUCAUGGAGCUAUUCUAUCCUUCACUCCUUGGCUUCUUUGUCAUCUUUGUCACCUUCUCUUUUCACUUCCUUUUCGCUCAAAAACCCGGCUCCAACAAGCGUAAUCUCCCGCCUGGCAGGACCGGCUUCCCGGUGGUGGGCGAGAGCCUUGAGUUUCUCUCCACCGGAUGGAAGGGCCACCCCGAGAAGUUCAUAUUCGACCGCAUAGCCAAGUACUCGUCCUACGUGUUCAGGACGAGUCUCUUGGGCUCUCCCGCGGUUGUGUUCUGCGGGGCCGCUGGCAACAAGUUCUUGUUCUCCAACGAGAACAAGCUCGUCCAGGCCUGGUGGCCUAGCUCCGUCGACAAGAUCUUCCCAUCGUCGACCCAGACCUCGUCCAAGGAAGAGGCCAUCCGGUUGAGGAAAAUGCUCCCCAACUUCCUCAAGGCGGAGGCGUUGCAGAGGUACGUAGGAAUCAUGGACGAGAUCGCUCAGCGACACUUUGCGACCGAUUGGGAGAACAAGGACCAGGUUUUGACGUUUUCUCUGACCAAGCGCUACACGUUCUGGCUCGCCUGUCGCCUGUUCGUUAGCGUCGAGGACCCUAAACAAGUGGCCAAGUUCGAAGAUCCCUUCGGUGUUUUGGCCGCGGGGCUGUUGUCCAUCCCGAUAGACCUGCCCGGAACCCCGUUCAACCGGGCGAUCAAGGCGUCCAAUUUCAUCAGGAGGGAGUUGGUGGCGAUUAUCAAGCAGAGGAAGUUGGAUUUGGCCGAGGGAAAGGCAUCGCCAACGCAAGACAUACUGUCACACAUGCUUCUGACGAGCGAUGAAAAUGGAAAGUUUAUGCAAGAGGCCGACAUUGCCGAUAAGAUCUUGGGGUUGCUGGUUGGUGGCCAUGACACGGCUAGCUCCUCCUGUGCUUCCAUUGUCAAGUUUCUUGCUGAGUUGCCUGAGGUUUACGAAGGAGUUUACAAAGAGCAAAUGGAAAUUGCAAAAUCAAAAGCACCAGGAGAAUUGUUGAAUUUUAAUGAUAUUCAGAAGAUGAAGUAUUCAUGGAACGUGGCAUGUGAGGUGAUGAGACUUGCUCCACCUCUGCAAGGUGCUUUUAGAGAAGCCAUCACUGAUUUCAUGUACAACGGUUUCUCAAUUCCAAAGGGUUGGAAGAUAUAUUGGAGUACACAUUCGACGCACAGGAAUCCUGAGUUCUUCCCAGAGCCAUUGAAAUUCGAUCCGUCGAGAUUCGAGGGGUCUGGCCCGGCUCCAUACACGUUCGUACCCUUUGGUGGAGGGCCCAGAAUGUGUCCCGGAAAAGAAUACGCCCGUUUAGAAAUACUCGUGUUCAUGCACCAUCUAGUGAGGAGGUUCAAGUGGGAGAAAAUGAUUCCUAACGAGAAGAUCAUCGUGGACCCCAUGCCUAAUCCUGAAAAGGGUCUUCCAAUCCGCCUUUACCCUCACAAGGCUUAGAAAGGAUAAUCAAGAGAUUCUUAAGCCCAAAACUCCAUUAAUAUAUCCACAGCCACUUUUGGAGUAUUUCAUUUUCAAGUGCAUUAAUUUGUUCCAUGAGGAAGGAAAGAAGCUAAAUAGUUACAAUAAAUUGGUAGAAACCAGAUGUUUGUUAAUUGUUAGUAACUCUUAAAGGGAGGCUGUUUUGCAUGUAAAGUCAUCAGCAAGUGGAAAUGUAUUUUUAUUGCUCCUUUUGUAAAAUUAAAAUGAAGAGAAAUGAAAGCUAUCUAUUUUGCA